GUUGCCUGUAAACUGCGUCAGAAUGGGGAAUCCUUCCACGCCGCUCGAACACAUAUCGUCGCAGCCCGUCGCGCUCGACCCGUGCGCCCGGGUAAUUUCAAACGACAAGUGUCAAUUUCGUCACCCUUCGUCGCCUACUCGCCCCUUUAAAUAACCCCAAGCGACGCGUCUACCGCAUCGGGCAGCUCUUGGAAUUUCGUCUAGGAUCCGACAGAGUCGACAACGCGUCGUCUCGCCAGCGCCGGGAACUUAUUCCUCGCCGAAUCCUUCUGUGCUACGCACCCAAUAUGGGCUAUUACCAAGCCAGCUUUUACAGUCUGCUCGGCCUCUGCGCGGUCCUGCUUGCUUCUCAGCCCACCAGGCGGGCGGAGCCGAAGAAGCUGGCCGAAUCGCGCAAGCAGGUAACUAGGGACGACAAGCAUCCCGAGGCGAGCUGGUACCAAGUCUAUGCCCUCGCCAUGGGCGCUGACUGGCUUCAGGGGCCGUACUUGUACUCGCUCUAUCGCGAUGAGCAUGGGCUCUCCGAACGCCAAGUGUCCAGUCUCUUCACCACCGGUUUCUUGUCCGGUGCCGUCGGCGCUUACUUCAUUGGCGCCCUGGCCGAUCGACACGGUCGCAAGGCCGUGUGCAUGGCCUUCUGCCUUCUAUAUGCCAUGUCGUGCUUUUUCACCAUCAUUCCGGUCGUGCCUCUCCUCUACUUAGGCCGCAUCCUCGGCGGCAUCAGCACGAGCAUCCUCUUUACCGUCUUCGAUAGUUGGAUGGUGACCAACUUCCGUGAGCGCAAGCUGGUCGAGAAUGGGUGCGACCUGUCUAGAACGUACGCCACCACGAGCAUCGUCAACAAUCUCACAGCUAUCGUGAGUGGAGUCGUAAGUGAGUGGCUCGUUACGGCGACCGGCACCAAGAAGGCCCCGUUUUGGCUCGGUGCCGGGUUGCUGUGUUGGGCUCUGCAGCUCAUCUCGGCAAAUUGGGUCGAAAACUACGGCACCGAUCCCUCGGAGCCAUCGGACGCCCCAAAGACGUCGAGCGUCCGGUCAACGCUGAAGCAACCGUCGAUCUUAGCCCUCGGGCUUGCAUCAACCAUGUUUGAGGGAUCCAUGUACCUCUUCGUCUUCUUCUGGGCGCCAACCAUGAAAUCGGCUCAAAGAUCGGCCGGAGAACUUCCCUACGGAUAUAUCUUCUCCAGCUUCAUGGCGUCGUCGAUGGCGGCCGCACUAACCUUUAAUAUCGUCAUGCAGAAACGGCCAUUUAAAUAUUCCCGUCUCCUGAUCGGCAUCCUAUUAGCAGCUAACUUCUGCUUCGUUAAGCUGGCCGGCCCUAAGACGGAAGAUGCCACCUUUUGGCUUUUCUGCCUCUUCGAGGCCUGCGUCGGUAUGUACUGGCCGUGUAUCGGCUACUUGAAGGGCCGGCUAGUCCAAGAUAACGCUCGCGCCGAGGUUUAUGGUAUUCUCCGAAUUCCGCUGAAUAUCUUCGUCGUGGUGUCGCUGUUCCUUGCUGGCGAUAGCAGCCGCUUUACCCAAGUAUUCGGGGCGUGCUCGGUGCUGUUGACGACAUCCUUUAUCGCAGUAUGGGUUGCUAGUUUGAAAAGCAAUAUGCCUUAGGGCAGGGAGCUAUGUUAAGUAGGUAAACUGACUUUAGAUAUAGAAGACAACUCAACCUAGACCUCGCGAUCGGGGCCAACGGCCCCGGUUCCCCCAGUCGGCAAGCAAGCGUUGGACGUGAUGUAUGGUGUAGUAGUUAUGAUUCUUAGUAACCUCCCGGGUAUUUGGCCCUCCGCAUUACUACUAAUACUGGCGAAAUCACCUCCAAUCUCUUUCACCCAUAGUCUAGCGUAGGCGGCGCGAGAUAAGCAACGUCAUACCACAACAUAACUUCUCCACCACGUGUCCUAUCUUC